GCCUCUGCAGCCCCGGAACUUCCGGCGCGCUGCCAUCUUGGCUUCCCGACCUUGGCGUGUGGCUCGGCUCUGUCCGCUAUGUCGGUCUUCACGCCGCUGCUGCUGAGGGGCCUCACGGGCCCGGUCCGGCGGCUCCCGGUGCCGCGCGCGCAGGUCCAUUCCAAGCCUCCGCGGGAGCAGCUCGGGACCAUGGACAUGGCCGUCGGGCUCACCUCCUGUAUCCUGUGUUUCCUCCUGCCAUCCGGCUGGAUCCUCUCGCACCUGGACAGCUACAAGAAGCGGGAGUGAAGGGGGCUGCGGCCUUGGCCGGCCAGCAACCACCCGUCCCUGCAUUCCCAGCUGAGCUGUGCCCAAGGGCCCCAGUGACCACCCACACUGGCCCCAGCCCACCCCCACCUGAUGGACCACCACUCCUGCAUUCCUGGCCUGGCCUGGGACCUCUCCUGGAUCAUGUCUUUCA